AUGCGGCUAUCCUCGGAUGUCUUCCCCCGUCCAACCGCCCGUCAGAAAGCCGGUGCCGCCGAGGACGCGCUGUAUGAGCAGCAGGUGCGCGAUGUCCAGACAUGGUGGCAAACUCCGCGGUACGAGGGCAUCAAGCGACCAUACUCGGCCGCGGACGUCGUGAGCAAGCGUGGCUCGCUGCAGCAGACCUACCCGAGCUCGCUGAUGGCGCGGAAGCUGUUCAAUCUGCUCAAUGAGCGUGCUGCGGCCGGCCAGCCUGUGCAUACCAUGGGCGCCAUUGAUCCCGUACAGAUGACGCAACAGGCUGCGAACCAGGAAGUCCUGUAUAUUUCUGGUUGGGCCUGUUCCUCGCUCUUGACAACCACCAACGAAGUGUCAGCCGAUUUCGGUGACUACCCUUACAACACAGUCCCGAACCAGGUGCAGCGCCUGUUCAAGGCGCAGCAGAUGCACGAUCGGAAACAGUGGGAUGCCCGCCGAAAAUUGACUGCCGAGCAGCGCCAGUCUACGGAUUAUGUGGAUUACAUGCGGCCGAUUAUCGCAGAUGGUGAUACCGGGCAUGGAGGCUUAUCCGCAGUCCUCAAACUCGCCAAGCUGUUCGCAGAGAACGGUGCCGCGGCGGUGCAUUUCGAGGAUCAAUUGCAUGGCGGGAAGAAGUGUGGACAUCUUGCUGGUAAGGUACUCGUCCCGAUGGGCGAGCAUAUCAACCGGCUGGUGGCUGCGCGGUUCCAGUGGGAUAUGAUGGGUUGCGAAACGCUGGUGAUUGCCCGCACAGACUCUGAGAGCGGGAGGCUGAUCAGCAGCGCGAUUGACGUGCGCGACCAUGAGUUCAUCCUCGGUGUGACCGAGGAGGUGGAGCCUCUGGCCGAGACGCUGCAGGCGAUGGAGCGGGAAGGCGCUUCUCCGAAUGAAAUUGAUGCAUUUGAGCUUGACUGGGUGAAGAGACACAAGCUGGUUACUUUUGACGAGGCUGUCGACGCCCACCUUGAAGCUGAAGGUGCCUCUCAGUCCUCGCGGGAGGCCUACAAGGCACAGGUGCAGAAGAACCCCGAUCUAUCCUUCUCCCGCCGCCGCUCCCUAGCAAGUGAUUACACCAAAACUCCCGUGAUUUGGUCCUGCGACAGCCCCCGCACUCGUGAGGGAUUCUACCACUACCGCGCCGGCUUCCCCGCCGCCACAAAGCGCGCCAAGGAGUUUGCGCCCUACGCAGACCUAUUAUGGGUGGAAACCGGCGACCCCGAUGUCGCCAAAGCCGGGACCCUCGCCGACGAGGUGCGCGCCUCGUACCCGGGCAAGAAGCUAGUCUACAACCUCAGCCCGUCAUUCAACUGGAUGGGCCAAGGAUUCGACGAGGCAUCACUGAAGUCCUUUAUCUGGGACCUGGCGAAGCAUGGCUUCGUCCUGCAAUUGAUUUCCCUAGCGGGUCUACACAGUAACGCAACCAUCACCACGGAACUCUCGCGCGCAUUUAAAGACGAGGGCAUGCUCGCCUACGUGCGUCUGAUCCAGGCGCGCGAAAAGGAGCUCGGCGUUGAUGUCCUCACGCACCAGAAGUGGAGUGGUGCGCCGUAUAUUGAUGGGAUUCUUGGUGCAAUCCAAAGUGGGAGCAGUAGCAGUAAGAGUAUGGGGGAGGGAAAUACAGAGAAAGGGUUUUAA